AGCUUUUAUUUUACUUUUGAGGACUAGAUUCUCCAAAAAUUUCUCUCUAUCACCCUUCUUUGGAGUCCAUAGAGAUUCUUCUUCUUCUUCUUCUUCUUCUUCUUCCUCAACUCAACGAUAAGAGUUUCCAAAAGGGAAGAAGAUCUCCGGUGGACUGAGGCAAAGCCGGAGUCAUCAUUUUCCAACUGCUCUUUUCUCCGAUUUGGAUCUGUCUUUCGACUGGCAAGAGUGGUAGGUUGGUAAUGGCAAGCUCCAAAGGAUCACAGAGUGUUAGAAACUUGAUGUACCCAGGAAAGCAUGCUUUGCUCCCUCCAAAAAUCCCGUUUCCUAGUGUAUCAGCAUCAUAUACUGAGUACAUUCCUAGUGGUUUGAUUGGUUCAAGGAACAGUCAGAAGCUUGGUGAUGAGAAAACACACCACCAGAGGACAUCUUCUGAGAGCCAUUUGGUAGAAGAGCUUCCCUUUUGGCUUGAUGAUCUUCUCAAUGAGCCGGAAAGCCCUGCUCGCAAAUGUGGUCAUCGACGUUCAUCAAGUGACUCUUACGCGUAUCUAGACGUGGCUAAUGCUACAAACAUAAGUUUGACACUCCAAAAUGAUUUCAGUUAUAGGAAUACGGUUUCUUCCAGGGGGAUGCAAGAUCUUGAUAGGAGUAAAAAUGCUCAGGAUGCUGCUAACUACUCUGAUGCUAACUUUCUGAAGCAGAAGAGUCGACAGCGGGAUUCUUUGGUGGCUUCCGGGGCUCGUCCUUCUUGGCUACCUUUCCCUCGAGAGAGCGGUGGCGGGAAGAAUAUGGGAUCAUCAUAUAUGUCUCAAGAAGCAACAGUACUAUCAGAAAGAAAGAAUUACGCGGAACCUCUUUCUCAUGACCCGAACCUGAAAAUGUACUCUUCUGAGGAAAACAACUCCAAUCCUUCGCCUGUGACUUAUGAAGCUGACAACACAAAACGAGCCAAACAGCAAUUUGCACAACGAUCACGAGUCCGUAAGCUCCAGUAUAUAUCUGAGCUAGAAAGGAAUGUACAAACAUUGCAGGCAGAAGGCUCCAAAGUUGCAGCUGAGCUUGAUUUUCUCAACCAGCGGAAUCUUAUUCUGAGUAUGGAAAAUAAAGCUCUUAAGCAGCGACUCGAGAGUAUAGCUCAGGAGAAGCUUAUCAAACAAUUGGAACAGGAAGUGUUGGAAAAGGAGAUUGGAAGACUUCGAGCGCUGUAUCAGCAACAACAACAAACUCAGAAACCAUCAGCCAGUCGCGGACGUACUACUGGCAAAGAUCUCGAGUCUCAGUUCUCCAGUCUUUCCCUGAACACCAAGGAUUCCAACUGUAGGCGUGACUCUGUAUCUGUGAUGGGUCAAUUCCACUUUUAGUCUACCCAAUGGUUCAUUAGAUCAUCAAGGACUUGGUAUUCAAACAAUAUCAUGCCCUAAUCUACUGCCUCACCACGUUUUUAACUCCCCGGUCAUUGUUUUUUUCUUCUUCUUAUGGUUGACAAGUUAACUCACCAGUGCACCUGGAAACCUAUAUUACUUCCAGCAGAUGGCUUGCCUGAGGUGGUUUAGUUCGAAGAUCAGACACCUGGACUUCAUUUAUCUGGUGAUUGUUGUAGCGACUUUGUGAUAUGGGACAAAAUAAAACACUCAUCUCUGGAGUUGUACUAUGAAUCUCCACUGUUUGUUUGUAUUUUAUGUUACUGGUAAAAAAUGGUGCAUUCCCUUCGAGUGAAUGCUUCAUGUAAAGUUGAUGGAUGACAUUUCUGUACUUUCCCAAGUGUCAGCAUAUUUGAUUGCUUUUUAACUCUGCUCGGUCCUUAUA